AUGGAUCGUUGGGUAGGUAAAGUGGCCAUCGUCACCGGGGCCAGCGCGGGCAUUGGUGCCGCUACGCUUAAAGCCCUAGCCGGUGCCGGGAUGAUCGCCGUCGGUUUUGCACGACGUAUCGAACGCGUUGAACGGCUGAAGGAAGAGCUGACCGAUGAAGCGGCACGCCAACGGAUUCAUGCCGUACGCUGUGACGUAACGCGAGAGGAGAAUAUUCUGGCCGCCUUCCGACUAGUGGAGGGACGCUUCGGUGGAGUGGACGUGCUAAUCAACAAUGCCGGUAUCGCCCGAGACUCGGUCGAACUGCUUACCGCCAACAACACGGCGGAACUGCGCGAAGUGAUCGACACGAACCUGCUGGGAACGGUACUGUGCAGUCGGGAAGCGUUUCAGUCCAUGAAACGUCGCUCGAUCACCGAUGGACACAUUGUGCACAUCAAUAGUGUGCUCGGCCACACGGUACCACCGAACAUGACCUUCAACAUCUAUCCGGCCACCAAGUACGGUGUGACGGCACUCACCGAAACGAUGCGUCACGAGCUGCGGAUUGCCAAAACCAACAUUAAAGUGACGAGCAUCAGUCCCGGGUUGGUAAGCACCGAGAGCGUCCCAGACUCCAUGAAAACGGAUGGAACGCCCAUACUCGAACCAGAAGAUAUAGCCGAUGCAGUGCUCUACGUACUCGGUACACCGCCAAGGGUGCAGGUGCACGAGCUGAUGAUCAGACCGGCUGGAGAGAUGUUGUGUUGA